AUGUCCCACGAUACUACAACGGCAAAGCGCCGAGUGCUGGUGAUUGGAUCUGGUGGUGUGGGCACAAUGGUCAGCGUCGCUCUCGAAAGAUCUGGACAGGCAUCUGUGACUUCUGUGCUCCGAUCCAAUUAUGAACAAGUUAUCCAGCAUGGAUUCGAAAUUGAGUCCAUCGACCACGGAAAACUAUCCUGCUGGAGACCAAGCGCAAUCGUCAAUUCUGUCCCCCUAGCUGACCCCAACACCCCAUUCGACUAUGUGAUCGUCACCGUGAAGAACAUCCCCGAAGUGAACAAUAUCCCUAAUAUCAUAGCCCCCGCCAUAACCCCGGAUUAUACAACGAUCGUCCUCUUCCAAAACGGUCUGUACAUCGAACCACCAAUAAUCGCAGCAUUCCCCUCGAACGUGGUAUUAUCAGCGCCGAGUUUCAUCGGCGCACACGAACACAACGGCCACGUUAUACACGACGACCACGACAAUUUCCACAUCGGCACAUUCCACAAUCCAUCUCUGGACGCAGCGAUCGAACGCGCCAAGCUCGAAGAGUUCGCGACAAUCUAUAACGGGAGCAAAGUGGUCAACGCGAAUGUCGUCGAUGAUAUCGUCCUCUAUCGCUGGCGGAAGGUGCUCUGGAAUGGGAUUUUCAAUCCCAUGUGUGCUAUCACUCAGCUUGAUAGUGCUGCGGUUCGGCGAUUCGGCGGCGAGCAUAGUUUGAUUAGACCUGGUAUGGCGGAGAUGGCGGCCAUUGCGAAGGCGGAUGGGUAUGACCUCGGGCCCGGGAUUGUGGAUGAGAUGGUUGAUGUUACUCCUCUGGAGUUGUCUUUCCGGCCUAGUAUGUUGGUGGAUGUGGAUAAAGGGAAUCCGAUGGAGGUGGAGGUUAUUCUGGGGAAUGCUUUGCGGGUUGCGAGGGAGAAGGAUGUGAGCACACCGAUUUUGGAUACUACCUAUCGGUUUUUGAAGCUCACUCAGGCCCGGCUGUUGGCUGCAAGGGGAUUGAUUGUUGAGCCGAAGGAACUGCCAAGAGUAGAUCUGAUAUAG